AUGAAAUCAGAAGAAGCAAAGAUAGCCAGAGGAGAUUCUCAUGAUGAACCUGUUCUAUUGAUGGCUUAUGAGCCCGAUGAUGGAUAUUUAAUAGCCUGGUGGUAUAUGGACAUUGGCUGCUCAUAUCACCUAACUGGAAACAAACAAUGGCUGCUAGAUUUUGACUCCAGAAGGAGGACAAAAAACAUAUGUGUGGAUGAUAAAUACCUUAAUUCUAAAGGUAUAGGAAAUGUUAAAGUCAAGGUGAAGAAUGGAAAAACUGUUCUGAUCAAGGAUGUUUGGUAUGUUCCUAGCAUGAAGAGAAAUCUGAUAAGUGUAGAUCAACUCAUUGAGAAAGGUUUCCCAGUUACUAUGAAUAAUAAUCUAUUGAAUUUGUAUGAUUCUGAUCAAAAGAUAAUUAUGCAAUAUGAGCAGGAAAACAACAAAACAUUCAAGGUGAAUGUGUAG